CAUCGAUUAGGGACAGUGGACCCCAUCAUUCAAGGUCCACCGCAAGCAUACAGAGCAGAUCAUACUGCUCCAGGCACCGAGAAACAAACAAAGUGAAAAGAGCAGUCCACUUUCAAGGCAGCGCAACAUGGCGCCGACAGCGCAGGUGACGCAGAGCCGCUCCGGCACGGUGCGCCAAGCUGCCGACGUGUACGACCCUAACCAGAACCUGCACGAGAAGCGCGAGGUCAGAGCUAAGUAUCGAGAGCUGCAGGCUGGAUUGGAAAACAAGCGCCAAGAAGGAAUGGCCAAUAUUGAUUUCGAGCAGCUCAACGAGAUCGUCAAAGACACCAACAGGCUCUAUGAAAAAGUUAAAGCCCCUGCUGAAGGUGUGCUGGACUCGCGCCUGUUGAUGAACGUUGCCGACAUGGGUCACGCGCUUGCCAAGUCAUUACGCACCGAGACGAGCGGAUUCGACUUGGACGACUACAUCAACAAGGUUGCGCUGUACAUCAACACAGGCGGUGCGCGUGCCAUGGACGCGAGUGGGCGAGGAAAAGGAAGGGGUAGUAACGGAAGGCAACGGCGAAGGGCUACAGCAGCUGGUAGCGACGUCGACGACGAGGACGACAGCGAAGAUGACGAGAUCGAGGUAGCCGACGACUGGCAGUGGGACAAGCUCGGGCGUACAGCCGCGCGCUGGAGUCGUCGUGCGCCCAUGAUGGACUUUCUCAAUGGCCCGCUCAAGUCUGAGUACAACAAGAGACAGGUGCAGCGGCGCCAGAAGAUCGAUCGUGCUGCGGUGGUCGAGCGGCCUCAAGAACUCGGCGAAGGUGACAUUGAGAAAUCCGCAAACGAGACGACCAAGCAGGUGAUGACGAUCCAUAAGCUGCUGCGAGAUCAAGGCGCCGACGGCGUGUCGAUGUUCGACUUUGCGAUCGAUCCGAAAAGCUUCGGCAACACGGUCGAAAACCUGUUCUACAUUAGCUUCCUCAUCCGCGACGGCAAGACGCAGCUCGUCAUGCCAGGCGAAGAGUCCAAUGCGAAUGGAGUCGUUCCGAAGCUGCGCGUGCGGGAACCGGCUGAGGAAGAGGACUACGUCGCAGGCCUCAGGAAGCAGCAGAUUGUACUCGAGCUCGACAUGGAUACUUGGAAGGGCCUGAUCGAGACUCACAAUCUGACCAGGUGCAUCAUCCCGACACGCAGGAACGAACCUCCGCGUGGCAAUGCACGCGGCCAGUGGUACGGAUAACAUGAAAUGUAAUUCGCAAUUCGCUUUACGGCAAGAUGAUGUUUUGUGUAUGAACGUCUUGCG